AUGUUAACAGUUGAUCAAAAAAACCGAUGUAUUCAGUGGGCUAAAGAUCAUAAAGAUGAUGAUUUCAUACAAACGAUAUUUACUGAUGAAUCUUCAUUUCAACUUUUCCGAAAUACUGUUUGUCGUUGGACAAAAAAUCCUAAUAAUGCAUUAAAACUUGUACCUAAAAAUCGUCAAAAAGUUCAUGCUUGGGGUGCCAUAAGUAUGAAAGGUGUAUUGAGUUGCCAUACACUUCGAUGCAAUCUUAGUGGUCCAUAUUAUGUUCAUAUACUUAAAAACUAUCUUCUUCCUGCUGACAAUUUCAUCGAAAUUGUCGUCUACAGAACGACAAUGACACCAAAACAUACCAGUAAUAUUUUUCAACAGUUUAAUGAUAAAGAUAUACUACAGCUAUUGGAGUGGCCCUCCAAUAGCCCGGAUGUUAAUCCCGUGGAGAAUUUAUGGUCGAUCGUAAAAUGUAAUAUUGAAAAAACAAAACCUUCGAAUAUUGAUGAACUUGAACUUUUUUUAGCAGAAAAAUUUAAAAAUAUUGAUAUUGAUACUGUAAGAAAUUGUGUAAUGUCGAUGAAAAAACGAUGUUUGUCACUUAUUGAUUGUAAAGGUGAACGAAUAAAAUAUUGAACUAUGGUAUUUGACAUUACUCGUCAUUAACUAUCAAAAAUACAAUUGAUGAACUCCAACAUUUUCCAGAUGAAAAAGUCAAAAAUGUUAAAAUUUCGAUUAUAAAUAAUUUUGCUAUGUCCAAGGAAAAGAGAUGUUUGCUUAAUAUUUCUUCUAAACGGAAACAAAGGGAAUAUGAAAUUACGCUAUGGUAUAGUACUCUUCGUGGGCUAUCUACCAUAAUAUAAAAUGAUUCGAAUGAGACUUAUAUAGAAGAUGAUAUCUGUAAAAGAACUUGUGCAAGAUUUUUUUGCAAUCACCUGUAUUUAAAAAAACAUUUUGCACUGAGCCUUUGCCAAAAAGACUGUAAUAAGCACCUCUUCAACAAUUUUUUCUUUGCCGAAACGUUUUAUAGUUUCCUAAUUUGUUUGAUAAAACUUGUAGAGUUCUAGACAACUACCAAAAUCUCUUCAGGUUUAGUAUUUUAAAACGCCGAACUUCUUACAGUUCAGAAUCAUUGAGCAGAACUAUUCAAGGUUCCGCAUUUUUAGGCAGAACCUGCAAGGUUUCACAUUUUCGCAUAGAGGAUACUUUAUCGUUCGGCAUCAUUGGACAGAAUCUGUUGGGUUCAGCAUUUUUGCCGAAAAAACAUUUUAUGGUUCGCCAUCAUUCAGGAGAACCUUUCACGGUUCAGCACUUUUGGACAGAGAGUAUUGUAUGCAUCGGCAUUAUUAUUGCAGAACCUCUUGGGUUCGGUAUUUCUGACAGAGAACUUUUUAUAGUUCCGUAGUAUCGGGCAGAAUCUUUUGGGUUCAGCAUUUCUAGCCAUGCAACUUUUAACAAUUCUGGAUUAUCAUGCAGAACUUUUAAGGAUUUCUCAUUGUAGUAGAGAACUAUAAAUGGGUUUCGCACCACAUGCAGAACCAAAAAUGAUUCUGUUAAACUCCUUUUCUUUUUAAGAGAGUAGAGUAACUUGUACGGCUAAAGUCAGCCAUACCCCCAAAUGUGUGUUGCAUUUCUCUUCUUUCAGUCCUUAUUUUAUUCCGAAUUACGCACACUUCAAUACAAUAAAAACUUUCACCAAAAAAGUUCAAGUAGAAAAAAAAAUUUUAGCGCAUGUCACACAAACAAAGAUGAC